GCCUCUAGGAGACGUCAGAAUUAAUCGGAAAUGUGUCACCUAACCUUACAUUUGACAUAGUGAAAUAAGAAGAAAGAUUUAACUUAAACUAUUGAACUUCACAGUCGUUAACAAUUUAUCUGCAUAAAAAUGCCCGAUACUAAGUCGGAUGAUAAAGAAGUAGAGAAACCUAUUGUUGCUAAGAGUGCCGUAGACCUUCAAAGAUUGAAAUUAAUGAAAUUAAUGAAAAAUCCUGAAAAGCCAAUUCUAUUGCCAGAGCGCCCUAAAGAAAAGAAUACUCCAACUGUACCGGAAUUUGUGCGAAAUGUAAUGGGUAGCAGUGCCGGCGCAGGAAGCGGUGAAUUUCACGUGUAUAGACAUCUACGUCGUAAAGAAUACUCUCGUCAGAAAUUUAUUCAAGAGAAGAGCCAUAAGGAACUUAUGGAUGAAGAGUACCAUAAGAAGCUUGAGGAAAAUAAGCAAAAAGCAGCCGAAGUAACAGCCAAGAAGCGUGCUAAGAGAUUGAAAAAGAAACAGAGAAAGAGGCAGACUAAAAAGUUGAAGUCAACGCCAACUGACACAAAUACGGACGAGGAUAACAAAAGUGAUUCUGAAGAAGAAGAAGAAGAUGAAGAUGAUGUUACACAAUCUAAAAAUGAAUCCGACGAACAUGCAGAGACCAUGAAAACAGAUCUCAAUACGUCCACUAAAGAUGUUCAAACAAAACCUCUGGCAACCAUUAAUAAUACAAAUGGACAGGAUACUCCUGUUGAGUGUGAUACUACAGAAGAAACACAAUCAUCAGAAUCGAAAUUAAAUAGUCCCACUGAAGGUGAUGCAUCACUUCUGCAAUCAAAUAAACAAGAAAGUGGUGAAAUUAAUGCAGAUAAAGUUAGUCCUGAGACUAUUCUAGAACCCAUAAAAGCAGAAUCUAAUAAAGAAUCAGAAGAUGAUGCAAAUGCUGUUGAUAAAACUUGACAUUAACCAGUGGUUGUUCCGUUUGAAUAAGUUGUAUAGUAGUACGUAAUUUUAUUUCAAAAUUAAGCAGAAUGUUUAAUUUUUUUCUUCUAAGCUUUAUUU